AGCGCCAAGGCCCGCAAGAUCCACCACUACCAGUACCUGAGCUGGCCGGACCACGGCGUCCCGUCCGAGCCCGGCGGUGUCCUCAGCUUCCUGGAGCAGGUGAACCGCAAGCAGGAGGCCCUGACGGAGGCCGGCCCCAUCGUCGUCCACUGCAGUGCCGGAAUCGGAGAACGGGCACCAUCAUCGUCAUCGACAUGUUGGUGGACAAAAAUCAAUGCUCAGGGCCUCGACUGUGACAUUGACAUUCAGAAGACGAUACAGAACGUGAGGAGCCAGCGGUCGGGGAUGGUUCAGACCGAGGCCCAGUACAAGUUUAUCUACAUGGCCGUGACACAGUACAUUGAUACUACACAGAAGAAACUGCAGCUGAUUGAGACCAACAAACAGGUGGAGUCCGAGUACGGCAACAUCAGCUACCCCCCUCAGAACCUCAAACACACCAAGGUCUCCAGCGGACGUCCAGCCACGGUGCCGACGCCAAGGGGAAGAAGGAGGAUAAGGUGCGGAAGCAGCGGUCGGAGGAGAAGGAACGAUCGGCCAAGGCCGGGUCACUCAGGAAAAAGUAGUGCAGAGAUCCCUGGAUGGAUGUCCCCUCCCGGCUGACAGCCUCUACUGCCUUCCCCCUGCCCUGCUCCCAUCUCUCCCCCCUCCCGCCAAAACCCCCUCCUCCCCUCCCCCUCGCAACGAGGUGGGCGGACAGACUCGAGGCCAUAGUGCCCCACUCCCGCAGCAACUCACCCUGCUGAAGAUUCUCCCCCCAGUACCGGGUGACCUCUAUGGGGCCCUAGUUAGCUCCCAUCAUGGGGGUUUCUGUCCGUCCUGGUACAUAACCCCCUUGGUUACCUCCUUCCCAAAUCCCGGGACGGGACACAAUUCUCCCGUCUACCGGAAGCCCACUCCCCUUCCCUGACUCCAAGAAUGUUAUUGCCUCCCUCAUCCCACUUGUCCCCAGAUCUCCCCUCUCCCAAUACAGGCCGCUCCCCAUUUCCCCACCCCCUACACUCCAAAAACCCCUUCUGAACCUCCUCUCCUCCCAAUACCCCCCACAAGCGUCACCAUAGGCAACAACGGACCCUCCCCCUUGCCCUGCUCUUCUCCUCCUGCCCCUCGCCCACUCCCCAUCACCCCAUCCCCUCCCUCCUCUCCAGGGACCGUCCCAGGAGGGAUGAGGAGCGGGCGGGGGGGUCGGACAGAAGAGAACCAUCUCCGCAGGCUCCCCUCCGUCCCCAGAACGAGGCGAGGAGACCAGCGCCCAGGACACGCGGUGGACCCUCAGGGAAGAGGGAGGAUGAGGGCGAGUGGGUUGGGGGGGGGGGGUUCGGUGAUGCUGCUGACGGGUGCGGGGGCUCCUCUGUCAUUUCGUAAAUUAAAAGCCGCUAAAGCUCGGUGA